AUGGGACGUCUAGAAGCCCUGGAAUGGGCUCGAGCCCAAGAUCAGAAAACAAUAGAAGAACUGCGUCAACAAGUGGCCGCGCUAGAGGACAAGUUAGUUAAAACACUUGGCCGGACGCUGAACGAGGACGAGCAGCUCGUGAUCACCUACGCGGCCAACAACGGCGACGCGCUGCUGAGCACGAAGCACCAGAAUCUGGCCGAGACGGCCGCCGUGCUGCUCGCCUUCUUCGACGCGUCGAUGGGGGCCCAUUUGCUCACGAAAUUGGAGCGCAACCACUACAAUCAGCUGCUCCAGGAGCACGCGGCAAAAGCCGCCCCACCCGCCCAACGACCAAAGAUGCGCGGCGGUGGCGCGGCGACGGCCCACGCCUUCAAGCCGUCCGAGUUCUACGGAUUCACCCAUCUCCUCCGGAUAUUCAUCACGUUCGGCACGCUGCUCCAGAAUGCGCAGUGGAAGGAUCGAGCAGUCGCCGUUAUUGUUAGGGACACGCAAGACAUCAUCUACUGGCUCGACCAGAACAAGGACCGGUACUACAACGGCGAGGAAUACGAGACGCCGCCUCCGGAUUAUGUUAAGAACGCCUUUUCC